UGCAUUGCAUUGCAUGUGUUUCCCCAGACCCUGCAUUCACUAUAUCUGGUCUCCCCAGACCCUGCAUUCACUAUAUCUGGUCUCCCCAGACUCUGCAUUCACUAUAUCUGGUCUCCCGCAGUACACACAGCAUGGAAUUGCAGUUAUUUUAGUAACUAUAAACUGCUAAAUACCUUUUCUCAUCAGCAGUUAGAGCAGUCUUGUGACUUCAGCAGAGCAAUGGUUAAAGCUUAUAGGAGGAGUUUUCUUUCUCC